CUAAUAAUCAUCCAUUCGUUAUGGAGAUUGACCAAGAAAUUGAUACCAAAUUAUCUUUUAUAUUGAAUAGUCUGCGAACUAAUGAUAAAGAUAUAUUAUUAUCACAUUUCCAAGAGCUAACUAAAUGUACCUUAGAUAAAAAUGAUGCAAUAUUUUGGCUGGAGAUGCACAAUUGGAAACUUCAGCAAGCUAUCGGAGAUUUUUUUGACAAUUGCUCUGGUGUAAGACUUUCACAAUUAUCAAUGAAAUUUAUUCAACAAGAAUUAUCGGACGAAGAAUUUAUUGUUUUGCCAUCCAUGCCCUUUACUAAAAAUUGGAAAAUUUUAAAUGAUGGAAAAGUAAGUUGGCCUAUAAAUUGUCAAUUAUCAUAUUUCUCAGGAAAUCAAAUUAUACUUGAAUAUCCCUUAAUUAUGAUAAACUCCUUAAUGCCAAAUGAAUUUCAGGAUCUUAAUUUAAAUUUUAUUGCUCCUGAAAUUCCAGGAAUUUAUACAACCCAAUUAAGAAUGUAUAGUCCUUCAGGAACUUGGUUUGGAGAUAUUAUAUGGCUAAUAAUCAAAGUUCAAAAGCUUGAGGAAUUAUCCAUUUUAUCUAAUCAAAUGUCAAAUAUGAACUUAGCCUUAAAUAAUCAUCAAAUGAAUAACGCUUCAAAAUCAUCAAAAAUAGAUCCACAUUCAAUGCAAAGCGACUCUACUAGUUUACAAUAACUCCACAUCUCAAAAAAAUAUUAUCACUCAUAUUUAUUUAUUUAUUUAUUAUAUUUUAUUAAAUAUAAUCAAUUAUAAAGAAUUAUUUAUUUUUUUAAUGUUACAUAUUAUUAAAAAUUAUAUAGAAUGAUACUGGCAAGUGUAUUUAUUGUGACGUAUCUUAUUUUUUAUAAUGAGAGUUAUUAAUGAUAAGAUCUCACAUUAAAAUUCUUUUCAAUAUUAAUCAAACUGAAAUUUAUUAGAUAACAUCGCCAAGUAAAUAUGCAUAUAAUCGUUAUUUUUUCGAAAUGAUUUAGGCUAUGGAGAUUUGUCUAAAGCCUUGAAAAUCCUUGAAAGCGAACUUCAACUAUUUCUAGACUCGCUACAAAAUUAAAUAAUUUUUUAAAUUUAGAGUUUUGCAAUCUCUUGAGUCUCCUAUACUCAGCAUUGAUGAAACUUAUAAUUUUAUAAAAAUCAAUUAUACAUUUUUAUAUAGUAAUA